UAUUUUCACUUUAUCACACGUUUUUGAUUUUUAGGUUAUUUUCAGUCCCAACAAGCAGCAUCAGAUAAUAUUGUAUCAGCAGCAAAGAGAAUUAAUUUAGUCAUUCUAUAUCCCAUAUCAAAAUACGAUUAUUGUGUCAUGUGAAUUUUAACAUCAGCUCAACAACAAAGAACUUGACUGAUCAUAUUUUAUGAUAGUUCAUAGUGCCAAAAAUAUAAGUUUGUUUUGUUGACUUGCUUGCUUCAAAACAUGGGAUUUAAAUUUGAGGCAAUUAUUGGGACUUAUGAACAGUUUCUAGUUGGUUAUAAAUUACGUAAAGUUGAUGGGGAAAGAAAAUUUGUUCAAAGCUUUGCUAAUCAUUCUCAUCAAGGUAGCGUGAAGUCCAUUGCCAUUUCUGGAAAAUGGUUAGCUUCAAGCGGCAGUGAUGAAGUAAUCCACAUCUAUGAUAUGCAGGAAAGAAAACAGAGUGGGACAUUGAUGAAACAGAACGGUAGCGUCAAUAGUAUCGCAUUUACUCCUGAUACAUCUUAUUUACUGAGUGCUAGUGAAGAUGGGAGUAUCGCUAUAUUCAAAACAGGAAGCUGGCACAUGGAAAAGCUUUUGAAGAAGGCUCAUGAUGGAGAAGGCGUUACUGCGUUGGCGGUCCAUCCCUCUGGAAAAAUGGCAUUGUCUCUUGGUAAAGAUGUAACACUCAAGACGUGGAAUCUAGUAAAAGGUCGCUCGGCUUACACCACAAAUCUUGCGAGGAGUGGCUGCAGAUUAUUGGAUCUGUUGGUCUGGUCUCCGGAUGGUUGCCACUACGCUGUACCAAUGAACAAUUUGGUGGACGUGUUCUCAGUUGCAGUGGCUGGAGUCACUCACACGUUUCACUUGAAGAAGAAAGUCACCGCCAUCACCUUCUUGAAUGACAAAGUGGUGUGCAUUGGCGAGGAGGACGGCAGCCUGAGCGCUCACUCGCUGCAGACUGGCCUGGAGUGCUGGCGAGUGGUGGUUGACAAGCGGGUGCGUGGGCUGGCGAUGCAUGAGCAGCGCUACCUGGUGGCUGCCUGCAGUGGCGGCUCCAUCGCUGCCUACAAGCUGACUGCACCCGCCGAGGAGCCCACCCUCGUCGCCACUGUUGACACCGGCUGUCGAAUCACCUGUCUCGCCCUCUCCUCAAACACCUCCAGGAAAAUAAAAGAAGAGAAAGAAGAUAGCAGCAUGUUAGGAGAGGAAGUGAGUGAGGUUGUAGUGGCUAAUGGGAGUGGCAAGCGCAGAGGCAGUGACUCAGACCAACACAAAUCACCUCCAAAGAAGAAAAAGAAAAAUUUGAAUAAUAAAAAAGCUAAGCUUAGCUCCUCGAAUUGGACAGUCACACCCAGCACAAGCACGUAAAAUGCAACUUUAUGGAAUACAUUUAUUGUGAUCUCUAAGAGACUUCUAUAUAAUUUUGUAUUAUUUUACCUACACCUUUUAAUUGUUAAUGUAAAAACAGAUUCCAUAAUUAUUAGAUAUAUUCAUGAGACUUUCUUCUUAUUUAUGAUUUUAUUAUGAACGUUUAUUCUAUAGAGUUUUUUCAACAGAUUACCUGAAUUAAUUUUCUCUACAACCAUUUUAUAACUUGGGCAUUAUUCAAUGUUGAAGUUAAUAUUCCAUUGGAAAUGUCUUGGUUCAUCUCAUAGGGUGGAAUUUUUUGGUUUGAUAUUGGGUGCAUGGAAUUCUAGAUAGAAAUUAUUUGUGCUACUCUAUUUGUUCAAAGAACAUAGGUAAAUCACUUUCGUUCAUUAUAUUAUAGAAAAAUGUGUUCGUUAAUAUUACCUGUCUACUUGUGAUUGUCAAUUGUUGUUAAAACAAAUUAAUGAUUCAAGACAAGUUGAUUAUUAUUUAUGUUUCAAUCGAUGUUAAAUUACAGUAAUAAAAAUAUCAAUUGUUGUUUUUAUACGAUCAUAUUUUGUUCAAAUUAUAUACCAAUUCAUUUUUUAGAUUGUUGUAAAUUUUGGGUACUUACCAAAAAGUAUUUGUUUGGAUUUUAAUGUUCUUAAUUAGCUGAAUAUGUUGAUUUAAAAUAAUACUUAAAUCACAGCAAUAGUAUUAUUAAUGAUUUUUUGUAAAUAAUCAACAUGAAAUUAAUUUGUACAUGUCAAUACGAUUUUAAAAAGUCACUCAUUUUUGUUGGAAUGAAUUUUGGAUGGAAAUAAAAAUUGAAGUAACGGAAAUACACAGCUUUAUUGACAAAAAUAUAAA